AUGGGUGGAACGAUCGAGACCACCCGCAACGUCGCUGCCUCUGAGGAGCCUGCAUCUCGAACUUCAUCUCAUUACGGCCAUGGGCGACCGCACCACUCCACGGUACCGUCUUUACGCUUCACUGAAGAAGCGCUCUCGUCCGCUAUAAGAAUGCUCGCCUCGCCCCUUCAAUUCUGUCCUCUUCUCCCGGACUCACCACCGCCCCAUCCUCUCAACCCGACCCAAGCCCACGAUCUGAGAAUGUUGACCCACCAGCUUUCCCUCGCUAUCCUCGCGGCUGCCUGCCUCUCCACACUCUCCGUCUCUGCGCAGAGCACGACCACUACCUCGGCUGCCACGCCCAGUAUCGAUGCAUGUAUCCUCUCGUGCUUCCAGAGCGCCACAAGUGCCAGUGAUUGUUCCAGCUACACUGACUUGAGCUGUGUCUGUUCCUCCUCCUCAUUCCAGUCCUCUGCGGCUUCCUGUCUCGCUGCGAACUGCCCUGCGAGCGACCUCACGGCUGCACAAGCGAUCCAGUCAGCAGAGUGUGCUGCUGUGUCCUCCGCGUCGUCUGCGACGUCUGCAGCCUCUUCCGCAGUCAGCUCCGCGUCCGUCGCCGCCAGUUCUGCCGUUUCGGACAGGUCCAGCUCUGCGGUCUCCGCAGCGUCGUCUGCGUCCGCCUCCAUCAAGUCUGCCGAGUCUUCUGUCAAAUCGGCAGCGUCUUCUGCGCUCUCCUCCCUCUCAUCCGCCGCUUCGGGCGCACGCUCCAGCGCGUCGUCGGUCACCAACACCCAUACAAGCGCAACGACUUCAGGACCCGCUACAACGAGCACGGCGAGUAGUGCACGUGCGCUGGAGAUAAAUGCACGCGCUGUCGUCGGCGCGGCAGCGGCGAUGCUCGGUAUGGUUGUCGGGGCGGGGUUGGUUCUUUGA